GUCGCUGACAGUCCGACCCACCUGUCAACACAGUGCACUUCUCAAUGAAAAUGUAAUGAGUAUUCAAAGUAAACUUUCUUCACUCACAAGAGUAUUGACGAACUGUGCUGGCUGUGUUAUGAACAGCAGGAAGUCGCCUACUAAUUAGCCUGGGAAAAGUUCUCUUCGGUUAUGUGGAGGAAGUUGAGCACAGCCUGUCACUCUUAUUAUCUGCACCGGCCGGACUCUGGGAAUGACAUUUGUUGACAGUAACAGGAUGGAGUGGCUGUGCCAGCGGUGCCACAAAGAGACUUUGUUUCAUUCUGUCUUGCGGUCUGUGUUGUUGCUGUCAUUUUUGCUCUUGGUCCUGUCUGUGUCCAUGUACCCUGGGCUGUGGUCUAUUGGGGUCCAGCUUCAUUCUGCCCUCACAGGGAGCUAUGUACCAGGCCACCACUCUGUCCUUCUCAUCAACAGUCCCAACGAGCAGGCAGCUAAGGACAUUGGAAGGGCAAUCAUGGAGAGGAGGAUGGCGGCCAGUAUUAACAUUCUCCCCAGGACCUCCACCAUGUAUUACUGGAAAGGAGAAGUUCAGGAUGCAACUGAAAUCCUCAUGCUAGUGAAAACGAAAACUUCCAGGAUCCAGAAAGUCAUAGAUUAUGUAAGGUCUAUCCACCCCUAUGCGAAUCCAGAGGUUCUCAGCUUCCCAGUGGAGGGGGGCAGUCUGGCCUAUAUGAAGUGGAUGGAUGAAGCCAUCCCAGAUGACUGACAUAUCAUUAAACCAAAACUGAUAUCAGCAUGGAACAAGGGAAUUGAGCCAUGUGUGCAGGCUGGUGAUUGAAGGCUUUGGAUCGAAGAAUUCAGAAGGCACUUUAUUGAACAGAUGACAUUUACUGUAUUACCUGACUCUAAUAUUUCAUCAUUGUAAACCUGAGAAUGUACUAUGGAGAUCUGGGGGUCUUGUCCUCUGAAGAGCCACAGUUUUGGACCCGUCGAACUUGCCAAAAAAAAUGCUCUUUAGUCCUUUUUAUUUAUGUAUUUAUUUAGUAUAAUUGUGUCUUUCCAACUUUGAAAUGAUAAAGUGAAAUGCAUAGCUCACCACAUUCCUCUAGGUGUCUACUUUCAGUUUAAAAAAUUAGUUCAUAUUUUGCAUUGUGCCACACUACAGUUAUAUAGUUCAGUACUGAAAUGUACUUCCCACACUGAGCUCAACAACACGUUGUCAUUAUAGCAGUGGAUUUGGCGAUCACGGGAUUUUAAAAGCAAUUCAAAGUAAUAAUGUAAGUUGGUGCACUUUAGCAUUAUGUUUGCACAAACAUAUGCAAUAUGGAUAGCGAUUCAGGUAUUUUAAUGGCAUCAUCUGAAGUUGUGUUUGAGUUGCUCUUCUCUUCUCCACAGGGGUUAGCAGCUGGUUAGCAGCCCUUUGAAGCAGGAAGCAGGUUAGAGCAAUCUAUAAUUGCAAAUACAGACAGAUUACUGAUCUAUCAAGCACAGGCAGGGGAGCAUACAAACCCUUUUGUACAUACAGCAUGUGCACACUGCUGACAUUUACUUUAUUGGUUUGAAUGAUGUGGAUAGCCAAAAAAAAUUGCCUGUCUAAUGUACAGUGCUAUGCACAUAACUGUAAGACUAAAGCAGUAACUCUGAAUUUCAGCAUUGCUAUAUGUUAAUGUGUGCCCCAGCUUAAUACAAAUACAUUUACUGCCAUAUUGCAUAGUGACAAAUAAAAGCUGUGCAGGUCUGUUGAGAAUUAAUUAACACAUAGAGACAACUGUGACAGUACCCAGUUGGAUUUACAUGUUGCUGACUAUUUUCUGUUAUAUGAUUGUCCCACUGUUUAUCACCUUUCUCCUUUGUCUCUGACUUAAUAUGAAAAGUUGCCAUUGUUCUGUCUGUAACUGAAUGUGUUCCUGCUGCCCGGGCCAAAUCUUCCAUGGAUAACACAUUCUUGAUCUUCACAGAUCCAAUCUUGCCAAAUUAAAUAAAACAAUUAAAUGACAAUUCAAAACAGUCAAAAAGUCUAUCAAAGCAAAUUAACUGAUUUGUUUAUCAGUUCUUGGCUAUACACUUGGUAAUCACACAUCACACAAGACUUGUUUCUCUUGAUUGUGGCUUUCACAAGUAUUAAUUGGACUGGGACCACAGAUAUAACAAGUUAAACUUUUUUUUUUAAAUUUUGGUUCUACAAAUUAAACUUCAAAAGAUGCUUUAAUUGAUUGAAAUAUAAACCUGUUAUUCUACUGUGGUGGUUUGUGCUUAUAUCCAGAAUUUGGCAGCCACACUUGCUUACCUCACCAAAACAGAACUGAGCACUAGGCCUCAGUCUGCAGAAAGUGUUUCCGGCAUGAGGUCCAACAAAGGAACUGCAGACAUUGUUAAGUCGGGUGUUGUGUCUGUAGAGCCACGAUAAUCCUGUCCAACAGGUCAGGACAUCUAGGCCAUUGGGUGGCAGUGAAUUCUGCCGCAGCUGUGGGUUUUUGUGUGAGUGUGAGUGUGUGCAUGUGUCAUAUUUCUAUCUGUGUCUGCACACGGGAAGGACAAUACAACUUACAGAAUUUUAGUGGUUGAGGAUAACUGAGGGAGACGACUGUGUUGUCAUCCUCUUAUCAUGCAUGUUUGCUCACAAGAAGGUGUGCAUACAUAAGUACUGUAUGUGUGUACCGGCCAUACUAUAUGUGAGUAUGGCUUACAAGUGUGUGUAAAUGGAUAUAAAGCACAGUAAUUGGUAGGAAUGACAUCCAAUAACUGACAUGAAUUGAAAUAAAUAUGGAGUUAUUGAAAUUCACAUUGCAAAAUGAAAAUGUGUUCUGCAAUUUGACCAAAAUUUCACUAGAGGGUGGUGUUCCAGUGCAUAUAGAAUGCACAUACCACACACAGAUUUGUGCAGUAGUACAUGGUUUAUGUUCACAACAUGGUAUUGAAUGCAUCUAGCCUACAUGCUGUUUACAAUUAACUUAUUAUGUUUUUAUUGUCUAUAAAUCAGCUGGAAUCCUCACCUACAUCUUCCCGACUGAAUCAAUGUGCAGAGAGGGAACUGAAAUCUGCCCUUCAAGCUGGAAAAAAUGCAA